GAGGAAGAUACAUUUUCCGUCUGCAUACGACAGGCGUGUUAAUAUACCAUUACGGUGCCGUUACCCCUGCAAAAUCGCAUGUACGAAGAUCUGUCUCCUUAUUAUUAUUCCUUAGUGUCAAAACGAUAAGAUAGAUUACGAAACCAUCUGUUCAAUCUUGAUCGAACUUAGUUUUCUAUCUCACAUGGUAGAAAGAGAGAACCAACAACUUGAGGCAUUGGAGUCCCACUGCGAAGUACCUUGUGCGUGUGUUCUUUUGUGUUUAUUAUUGUGAAUCUCCGACGUAAUUGUCAAACGUGGCGUAACCACGACCGGCAUACUGCAGCCCGUAGCAUAUUGACACAAAUGUGCACUCCAUAAUAAGAUAUAAAUGAUUAUUUACGCUUAGAACCAAUUUCUGCCUGUCGACAUUGAAAUUGUUUUGUGCUCUUGGAUCCCACUCUUGACAGUUUUGAAUAUUGUAAUCUUGCCAUACUUACUGCUUUGUCGACCUCAGCCGGAAUCUGUCAUCAGAACACCAAUUUGGCAUCUAGAAGCAGCCCAAGCACAAUGGCGCUUGCAGAAGAUUUUAUCGCCCGCGCAUAUCAGGUGGAUCUCUAUGAACGGGCAGUAAAAGAAAAUACGAUCAUCUAUUUGCCUACAGGAACGGGAAAGACAUAUAUAGCUGUCAUGGUUGUCAAAGCAUUGAGUGCUUCUAUACAAAAGCCGUAUAGCAGACAAGGAAAACGAACGAUCUUUGCAGUUAAUACAAUACCACUUGUGAGUCAGCAGACUGAAUACCUGGCUAGACACACUGGUCUAAGAUCUAAGGGUUUUAGCGGGGACAUGCAAGUUGAUUAUUGGACUAAGGAAAAAUGGUUAGAAGAAAUCGAGGAAACGCCGAUUUUAGUCAUGACAGCGCAGAUAUUCGUCGAUAUUUUGAAUCACGGAAUAAUGUCACUGGACCGAGUAAAUUUAAUCAUAUUCGACGAGUGCCACAGGGCAGUUAACGAUCAUCCUAUGCGUCAGAUCAUGCAAAGAUUUAAAGAAUAUCCUAAAAUAAAUUUACCUAGGGUACUUGCAUUGUCCGCUACACUGCUCAACUCUAAUGUGAAAAUUGAUAAAGUAGAGCAAACUAUUGAGUCAUUAGAAGUGACUUUCCAAUCCAGAGUAGCAUCGGUUCCAUCAACAGCAUGUGUAGCUGGAUAUUCCACAAAUCCAAAAGAAAGCAUCGUAUUGCACAGUCCACACAAAAAAAGCCCACUUGAACCAGCAGUAAACACAAUUUUAACUGAAGCAGUAGAAAUACUGAAAGUUGUGAAACUAAGUCAGCCUUCGGAUAAUAAUGAUUCCAGUACCAUAUUUAAGCCAAAGGCCAAAGGUGAAAAGUUGAUGAACAUCCUUAAAGAUAUUGACGAAAAUCUUCAACUAACAGGAAUAUAUGGAGGCAGUAAAUCUGUUCUUUUACACAUGGUCCAAUUAGAAAGUUUAAAGAGAAUUCUGGGCGAUCAGCAAACUUCAUUGGUUUUAGAGUAUCUUUUAACAAAAAUGAUGAUUAUAAGAAAACUGUUUGAUAAGGAAAUGGAAGGACUAACGGAAAUGGAACAAAUCUAUCAGUUUUCGUCGAAUAAGGUAUUGAAACUAUUUGCGAUUCUUAAAGACUUUAACGAUAAUAAAUCCAAGGAUCAGCAGUUUUGCUGCAUAAUAUUUGUAAAACGUCGUUUUACAGCUAAAGUGCUGUACCACGUUUUAAAAAGUCUUCACAAAGCUGACGAGCGAUAUAAAUUCUUGUUGGCAGAGUUUAUGGUCGGAUACACAAACGAUCCAUACAAAAAUGCUAAAGAAGUACUUUGUAUUUCAAGAUGGAACAAGGAAGUCCUACAGAAAUUUCGAAGUGGUAAAUCGAACUGCAUUGUAGCGACUGAUGUGGUAGACGAAGGAGUCGAUAUCCCGGCAUGCACAUUGAUUGUAAGAUUUGAUUUACCCUUGGAUUUUCGAGCUUAUGUUCAGAGUAAAGGCAGAGCGCGUCAUUCUACAAGUCAGUAUACUAUGAUUAUGUCUAGUGAUGACGACAAAUUUGAAUCCAGAUAUAAGCAGUUUCAAAAGACCGAAUCAUUCCUACAAAGGAUUUUGCUAGGUAAAACCGAUUUAAGAAGUCGACCCACUGACAAAAAUAUUGCGGAUGAACUUUACACUUACACAAUUGAGCCGUACCUGCACCACAGUGCGGAUGGGACUCCAUGUUUAAUAACAGAACAAUCAGCUAUCAGCUUAUUAAACAGAUAUUGUGCAAAUUUGUAUAAGUCCAAAUUCAUUAGUUUGGCGCCCACAUGGAUUUUACAUAAACGUCCAGAUGAAAAUCUUAUGCAGAAAUAUCAGGUAUCGCUUCAAUUGCCAACAAUUUCACCUCUGAAGGGAAUUAUUUGGGGCGAUUUGAUGCCAUCCAUAGAUGAUGCUAAGCGGUCUGUGGCAGUAAAGACAUGUAUUAAACUUAAAGAGAUAGGUGAAUUGAAUGAUCAUCUAAAUCCGAUAGAUCCUGACGUAAUACAAGAAAAUGUAGAUUACCUUUUCCCAAACUGGAUCGAAGAAGAGAAAACUGAAAAUUGUGCACCUGGAACAAAUAGUAAGAAAAGGAAGCACGAUUUAAUUCACGCAGAACCAUUGUUUGCUUCUUUCCCGGUGGAGAAUACGAUUCUAUUUCUUCAUAUUUUGGAAAUGAAACCGUCGUACUCAGUCCCACACGACAAUCGUCGUUUGGUGUUCUACAACUUACUAAAGAAAAACUCAGGAUAUGGAAUAUUGUCAACAAAACAGUUUCCAAAAAUACCGAGUUUUCCGAUUUUCAUGAAUGUCGGAUCUCUUCAAGUGCAGGUCAAGGUUAAUCACUUGCAAAUCAGGUUAGAACGUGAGCAAAUAAAGUUGCUAAAGAAAUUUCAUACAAUGCUAUUUAGCGAUAUAGUGAAAGUCAUCAAAUCUUUCAUGGUUUUUGAUAACAUGAAUUUAGAAAACAGCUUUGCAGUCGUUCCGGUUAAGGAAAAUUGGGAUAUUGACUGGGAUGUUAUCAAUCAGUAUCAGACAAUUGAAGCCAGGUCACCAUCAACACCUUUCGAGGUUACGGAAUCGGAGUACAAUUUAGCUCUUGUUUCACCGAGUUAUAGAGGUGCUCAAAGCAUUUAUAUUGUGACAAUGAUCUGUGAUGAUCUUACUGCAGAAUCUAGCUUUCCCACCGAAGAUUUCUACUCUUAUCUUCAUUAUUUUAAAGACCGUCAUGGUUUAAACAUACAAAAUCCGAAGCAACAAAUGUUGGAGGUGAAACCAAUAUCAACGCAAAUAAAUUGCAUUAAACCUAGAGGUGUCAAGCCGGGCCUUAGUAAAAGGAGGCGUGCAGACCUUUUGGAAGAAUUUGAAGAGCACCUUGUACCGGAGUUAUGCAAUAAAAUCAAUUUUCCGGCCUUGUACUGGUUAAAAGCAACAACUCUUCCAUCAGUCCUACACAGAAUAACACAGUUAUUAACAGCAGAAUGCCUAAGGCAACAAAUUGAAGUAGAAGCAAAGGUCAAAACUUCUUGCCCAACAGAUUCUUGGAGUCCGUUGAUUAUAACUGAAAACGAUGAAAAAAAGGAAACAGCACCGGAUGUCACACUGGAUGAAUCAAUUGAACUAGAUGUGUCCGAGCUACAGCCGGAAAUAAGUGGACCUGAAAUUGAUGUUUUAAGUUCAGAAGCAGAAUAUCCGUGGUCCAAGGAGGAGGAACCUGUGGAUCUUCAUCGAGAUGUGGACCGAAUACAGUUAAUUGAUAUAGAAUAUUAUUAUAAGUUUAUGGGACAAUGGACAGACCAGAAUGGCAAAGAGAUAAAAAGAAAUGAUAUGUUAAAACCUAAGGAAGGCACAGUUUAUAUGUCUCGACCAAAUGUGACCGUUCCUCGAGUGAAGAUGCUGUCAGACGUAGAUCUCGAAGGACCUGAUCCCAUUAUUGUAAUGAAGGCUCUGACUAGUAAAAUUGGAAACGAUUGUUUUGAUCUGGAAAGAUUAGAAACACUGGGAGAUUCGUUCUUGAAAUUCGCAGUUUCCUUAUACCUAUACGAUACUUUCAAAAGUUUUAACGAAGGCCAGUUAACAGCUUUGAAAGGCAAAAUGAUAGGUAAUAGAAACCUUUUCUACUGUGGCGUCAACAAAGGCAUUUCGGGAAGGUUGAAAGUGGAAGAUUUUUCUCCAAUGAGUAAUUUCAUUACUCCCGCUUAUGCUGUUGAAAGAAGAUUGCAAGCGGUACUAGUGGCAAACGAGAUAUCUCCUAAUGUUUUGUACGAACUGCAUGUACCGCCUGAAGAACGCUAUAGUGGUUACGUAUCUGAGUCUACGAUGGAUAGGAUUCAGGAAACCGUUCUAGAUUGGAAAGACAAACCAACCCACACUGGAAUGGAACACUUCCUAGGAAAACAAACUGUCCCUGAUAAAGUGGUGGCCGAUUCCGUGGAGGCAAUUAUUGGUGCAUAUCUUUACUCUUCAGGUACAGAAGGUGCUGUCAACAUUCUGAACUGGUUCGGAAUAAUUCCUACCAAAAUAGAAAUUAAAGGACCCUCAAUUUCUCAAUGUCAAGCUGCUAAAUACGAAAAUGUUGAUGAACACAUGCCAUGGGCUGAUCUAAUAGAAACUAAAUUAAAUUACAAGUUCAACGAUCGAACACAUUUACUACAGGCAUUUUCACAUCCUUCAUAUUCCGCUAAUGGAGUUACUCCUUGCUAUCAAAGAUUAGAAUUUCUGGGCGAUGCAGUGCUAGAUUUCCUAAUCACUGUUUACAUAUAUGAGUACUGUGGAGAAUUAAGCCCUGGAGAUCUCACUGAUUUAAGAUCAGCUUUAGUCAACAAUAUUACGUUUGCAUGCCUAGCAGUACGGUAUGGCUUACAUACUGCCUUACUGUCAUAUGUACCUCUACUGCACGAGAUCAUAAAUCGAUUUGUUAAAUUUCAAGAGGAAAGGAAUCACGCAAUUGAUGACGAGCUUCUAUGGAUCCUUCUCGAAGAAGAUGAGUGCAAUUUGGCUGAACAUGUCGAUGUUCCUAAAGUAUUGGGCGACAUAUUUGAAUCUUUCAUUGGAGCCAUAUAUAUCGACUCGGGAAAAGAUUUGUUGAAAGUUUGGCAAAUUGUGUAUUCUUUAAUGCACAUAGAAUUUGAACUAUUUUGUGCCACCGUACCAAAGCAACCAGUACGCGUGAUAUAUGAGACACAAGGGGCUCGGCCUAUAUUUUUAAAAGCGAAACAAAUAGAAAGCACUGGACAAGUUAUGGUUCCUCUAGAGGUAACUAUCCAUGGGAAACAAAGACUAUUCCAUGGCUUCGGUGCGAAUAAAAAACAGGCGAAGUCCGCAGCAGCAAAGCAGGCCUUGAAAUGUUUCCGUUGUAGCAAAUAACAAAUCAGAUGUAGGCUUUUUAAUUAAGCUCUGAAUAUUUAUAUUUUGUCAAAAUAAAAAAUGCGAUAAAUUUUAAAAAGUGAGGAACUCAGUAUAACCAGAGCUUCUUUUGAUUAGAGUUUUCUGUUUGAUUACAUACAAAUCUUGUGUUUUAUGAGCAAAGUAAGAAUGAUAAUAAAGGAAU